AAGCGCGCGCGGGGAUCUGAGUGUGCGGGAGCUGAGGGCGGGCGGAGGAGGAGGAUGAGUGUGAGGAUGAGGAUGAGGGUGGCGCGCUGGAGCCGGGCCGCGGGGGACUGGCUGCGGCUCGCCGUCGUCUCGCUCCUCGCCGCCUUCCCGGUCCUGCAGCCCCGCGCCUUCCCGUCCUCCUCGCUGAGCGACUGCCAGACCCCCACCGGCUGGAACUGCUCCGGUGAUGAUGACCGGGACACAGAUCUCUUCCUGUGUGACACCAACACUUGCAAGUUUGAUGGCGAGUGUCUCAGAAUAGGGGACAUUAUUACCUGCAUCUGCGACUUCAAGUGCAACAAUGACUUUGUCCCAGUCUGUGGAUCCAAUAAUGAAAACUACGAGAACGAGUGUCUUCUUCGGAGGGAUGCUUGUAAACAGCAGACUGAGAUCUUGGUGGUCUCUGAGGGAUCCUGUCCUGUUGAGCCUGGCUCGGGAUCUGGGGAUGAAGCAGGGAACGAGGGCUCAGCAGAGAAUGGCCAGAAGGAGACGUCCACGUGUGACAUCUGCCAGUUCGGUGCCGAGUGUGACGUGGAUGCGGAGGAUGUAUGGUGUGUGUGCAACAUCGACUGUUCCCACAUAAGCUUCAACCCAGUGUGUGCCUCAGAUGGUCGCUCCUACGACAACCCCUGCCAAGUGAAGGAGGCAUCGUGCCAGAGGCAGGAGCGGAUCGAAGUGAAGUUCCUGGGCCACUGUCAAGGUGACAUGAUAACAGGAAAUAAACCUGGAGACGGACACUAUGCCAGGGCCGACUACCCAGAAGAGAAGCCUGAGGUGUCAGAAGUGGCACGAGGACUUUACAUCCCCUGUCCCGAACACUACAAAAAUUACUGCGUCAACGGAGUCUGUGAAUACCCCAACAUGCUCUCCAAACCAUCAUGCAGCUGUCACUCAGGCUACAGUGGCCCACAGUGUGACACCAAGGAGUAUAAUGUGCUGUAUGUGGUGCCGGGUUCUGGAAAAUUUCGCUACGUCCUCAUUGCCUCCAUCAUCGGAGCUCUGCAGGUGGCCAUCAUCUGUGUGGUGGUGCUGUGUAUCACCCGGAAGUGCCCACGGACUAAUCGAAUCAACCGGCAAAAGCAAAACGUCACGCACUAUAACUCGGAGAACACCCUGCGCGCCUCCACCCGCCUCAUCUAAGCGCCAGGAACAAAGAACCAUGGCAAAACGUAGAGAACCGUGAGGACGUAGGGACACAAUAGCCACACCGGACCGCGCCAGACCACUCUGCUGAGGGGAGGGGAGGAAGGGGGGUGGCCAUGGUGUGGCUGCAGGGGAGGAACGGAGGGGACAACACGCGAUGCCUUGCACCUGUGGCACAGGACACAAAACCUGAGAGGAUAUUAGGACACCACGUUAGGACAAGUCCUGCUAUUUGGUUAUGUAUGGGUAAUAUUUCCAAUAGUUUCUUUGUUUGUCUCGAUGGGGUCUUUUUUCUGUAAAUGUAAAUAAAUAAUUUAUAUCACAAAAAAAAUUAUGGUAGCACAUUACUGUAUGUUUAUGGUGGAUGCCAAUAUGGUAAAAGGAUAGGUGUUCCUGACCUUUGCUCCGGCUGAUGUUGCUGAACUCGUCCACAAAGAAGAUCACACCUCAUCUGUGGUAAUGUGAUUUUAGGUUAUAAUUUAAUAAUUUACACAGCCCAGUUCGAUGGAGUACUGAAACCUUUUUUUUUAUACCUGUCGUCACCACCAGGGGGGCGAAAAAAAUCAUCUGCUUUGCAAAUCUGUGCCUGAGACUGAUCCAAGAUCAGGUGGUCCAAGGGCUUACUGUCAAAUAACGGAGAAGGGUGCAGCUUUUAGCUCCUUAGGAGAGCGAUGAAUCGUCUCCCAGGUUUUGUAACAGGUUUUGCAAUCGAACUGACAACCAUUUUUAAAUCAACUC